AUGUUUUCUACUCUAUAAAUGGCCUGAAAAUCCGUAACCUUUUUGUAUAAGUCAUCGUUAGUAUAUACACACAUAAUUUCCGAAAAUGAAAAAACAAGAUGGCUUUGUGUUAGUGUUGGCUUUUCUCUGUGCAUUUGUUAUCACCGUGUCUGCUGUAAUCUCUGAAACAUCUGGAAAUGAUGAGAGAAAAAGAAAUUUAGUCAGCAAGACACAUCAUGGAGGUGGUGGGGCUUAUGGAUAUGGAAGUGGAGGACAGGGUGGCGGAUGUGGUGGUGGAGGUUUUGGAGGAUGGGGUGGUUAUGGAUGUGGAGGUAAGGGAGGAGAGAAUGGUGGCGAUGGUGAUAAAGGAGGAGGUGACAUAGGAGGAGUGAGUGGUGGAGGUGUUGGACAAGGGGGAGGUGAUAAGGGAGGAGGGAGCGGUGAAGGUGGUGGUCAAGGAGGUUGUGACAAGGGUGGAUGUGGCAGUGAAGGUGGUGGCCAAGGAGGAGGUGAUAAGGGAGGAGGCAGUGGUGAAGGUGAUGGUCAAGGAGGAUGUGACAAGGGCGGCGGAUGUGGCAGUGAAGGUGGUGGCCAAGGAGGAGGUGAUAAGGGAGGAGGGAGCGGUGAAGGUGGUGGUCAAGGAGAAUGUGACAAGGGUGGAUGUGGCAGUGAAGGUGGUGGCCAAGGAGGAGGUGAUAAGGGAGGAGGCAGUGGUGAAGGUGGUGGUCAAGGAGGAUGUGACAAGGGCGGCGGAUGUGGUAGUGAAGGUGGUGGCCAAGGAGGAGGUGAUAAGGGAGGAGGCAGUGGUCAAGGAGGAUGUGACAAGGGUGGCGGAUGUGGCAGUGAAGGUGGUGGCCAAGGAGGAGGUAAUAAGGGAGGAGGCAGCGGUGAAGAUGGUGGUCAAGGAGGAUGCGACAAGGGUGGAUGUGGCAGUGAAAGUGGUGGCCAAGGAGGAUGUGACAAGGGUGGAUGUGGCAGUGAAGGUGGUGGCCAAGGAGGAGGUGAUAAGGGAGGAGGGAGCGGUGAAGGUGGUGGUCAAGGCGGAGGCGACAAGGGAGGAGGGAGCGGUGAAGGUGGUGGUCAAGGAGGAUGUGACAAGGGCGGAUGUGUUGGUGAAGGUGGUGGCCAAGGAGGAGGUGAUAAGGGAGGAGGGAGUGAUGUAGGUGGUGGUCAAGGAGGAUGUGACAAGGAAGGAUGUGGUAGUGAAGGUGGCAGCCAAGGAGGAGGUGAUAAAGGAGGAGGGAGCGGUAAAGGUGGUGGUCAAGGAGGAUGUGGCGGUGAAGGUGGUGGCCAAGGAGGAGGUGAUAAGGGAGGAGGGAGCGGUGAAGGUGGUGGUCAAGGCGGAGGCGACAAGGGAGGAGGGAGCGGUGAAGGUGGUGGUCAAGGAGGAUGUGACAAGGGCGGAUGUGUUGGUGAAGGUGGUGGCCAAGGAGGAGGUGAUAAGGGAGGAGGGAGUGAUGUAGGUGGUGGUCAAGGAGGAUGUGACAAGGGAGGAUGUGGUAGUGAAGGUGGUAGCCAAGGAGGAGGUGAUAAAGGAGGAGGGAGCAGUAAAGGUGGUGGUCAAGGAGGAUGUGACAAGGGAGGAUGUGGUGGUGAAGGUGGUGGCCAAGGAGGAAGUGAUAAGGGAGGAGGGAGCGAUGUAGGUGGUGGUCAAGGAGGAUGUGACAAGGGAGGAUGUGGCAGUGAAGGUGGCGGCCAAGGAGGAGGUGAUAAGAGAGGAGGGAGUGAUGUAGGUGGUGGUCAAGGAGGAUGUAACAAGGGAGGAUGUGGCAGUGAAGGCGGUGGCCAAGGAGGAGGUGAUAAGGGGGGAAGGAGCGGUAAAGGCGGUGGUCAAGGAGGAUGUGGCAGUGAAGGUGGCAGCCAAGGAGAAGGUGAUAAAGGAGGAGGGAGUGGUAAAGGCGGUGGUCAAGGAGGAUGUGACAAGGGCGGAUGUGGCAGUGAAGGUGGUGGCCAAGGAGGAGGUGAUAAUGAAGGAGGGUGCGGUAAAGGCGGUGCUCAAGGAGGAUGUGACAAGGGAGGUUGUGGCAGUGAAGGUGACAGCCAAGGAGGAGGUGAUAAAGGUGGAUCAAGUGGCGGAGGUUAUGGUCAAGGAGGAGGAUGGGGUGGUGGUAGUGGUGGUGGAGGUGGCGGAGGUGGUGGUGGAGGCGGUGGUGGUGGUGGCUCAGGUGGUGGUGGCUCAUAAGGCCACGGACCAAAGUGCCAUAUAUAUCAUAUUUAGUUGGUUCAUGUUUCCACAAUGUAGUUGUUUCUUUGAUUGAGUUCAAUGUGAGUAUGUUGAACUCAUUGCAUCUUGAUACUUAUCUUUUGCAGUAAUAAUAAUAAAGUUUUAUUUAUUCAAAAAAAAUCAACAAUGUUGGCCAUCCACAUACAUAAAGUAAACCUGUGACUUCGCUUGAUGAAUUUGGAUGACUUCUAUGAAUUAUGAAAAAAAAUGAAAUAUGAUAUACAGAAAAUAUUUGAGAAAUGAAGAAAAAAAUGCAAGGCAAAUUUGUAACAAGUCAGUGCUUAAUGGAAGGGCUAAA